AUGGCAGCAGGGGAUACAUUUCGAGCAGCUGCCUGUGACCAGCUGGAGAUAUGGGCUGAGAGGACGGGGUGUGAGAUUGUUGUGGCUGAAAAAGAGAAGGCUAAAGCAGCAUCAGGUAGAGAACUUGAAUGGAAGAGAUGGAUGAACUUAAGCAGGGGAAGGGUGGAGUUUGGCUGUGUCGGAGAGAGAGAUAGAGAGAGAGAGAGAGAGAGGCAGUGGUGGCGGGUUGGGUUGGAUCCGAGAGGGCUUAAGUCGGAGGGGGAAGGAUGGGGUUUGGUUGGGUGGGUUGGAUGA